AUGAAGCAGAUACUUCCAGUGUUCGCCCUUCUUGGGGCCUUGGCUCUUGCGCAAGGAUUUGAGCUAUGUAACCUGAAGGAGCCCGGUGAGCUGGUGAGGAAUCCCCGGAACUGCGCGGAGUUCUUCAUGUGCCGCCCUGGUGGCCGCCCCGUGCGGUUCUCGUGCCCCGCCGGAAUGUCCUUCGAUACGGCGCGCAACUCGUGUGGCUUCGGCUGGAUGAUCUGCAACGACAGUGGCUGGAACGGGGUGGAAGACCCCACGGGUCAGUACGAUCCGAUCGCGACGAAUCCUUCGUUCCUGGACGCACUCAAUGGGGUGUGUAGCGGAGCACCGACCGGAAGCCUUCGUCCGGAGCGGUCCGGAUGCGCUGGGUUUUAUCAGUGUUCGACGGCGGGCUCGAUACGCUUCGAGUGUCCGGUCGGGACACUGUUCGACAGCAACCGCCGGUACUGUGAGGCGGCCGAUCUGGCGUCGUGUAACGUACAACAGGUGCCCAAUCCCGGACCCGCUGGUAAUCUGCUCGAUGUGAUGUGCUUCGGCAAGCGAGUCGGUACCAAGUUCGGUCACCCGUUGAACUGCUCGCAGUACUUCCAGUGCGAUGGCCGCAACAAGGCCAUCCUGUUCGACUGUCCGCGGGGCACGGCGUACGAUAAGGUUCGCCGGGUGUGCGGAUUCACCAGCAGCGUCGUUUGCUGA